AUUGUGUUGCUGUCUAUCCUUUUUCAGCUGGAUCGGGACGAGCACUGUCUCGUUCAUGGCGAUCACAGAUGGCUCGUCGUCGACGGCGCCCCUAUUAGAUGGCUUGCCGCCGAAUAGCCACCGGAGAAUAGCCGGCGGAGCAACGUGGACGCAGACGCUGGGCAACAUCGUGGUUUCGAUUGUGGGGACGGGUGUGCUUGGCCUUCCCUACGCCUUCCGCAUGGCCGGAUGGCUAGCCGGUACAGUCGGAGUUGCUGUCGCCGGCGCCUCUACCUUCUUCUGCAUGCUCCUCCUCAUCCAAUGCAGAGAUAGAUUAGAAGAACAUGAAGAUGAAGAAAUUAAUGAUGAAGUGCACAUUCAAAGUUAUGGGGAUCUAGGUGCAAAAGUCUUUGGAACAACAGGUCGAUACCUUACUGAGUUACUUGUACUUACCUCACAAGCAGGGAGUGCUGUUGCCUAUUUAGUCUUCAUUGGCCAGAAUCUCUCCUCCUUGUUCACCAAAGCCAACCAAUCAUUAGUAUCACCCACUGUCUUCAUUUUCUUUCUUCUCCUUCCCCUUGAGAUAAUCCUCUCCUUUAUCCGCUCUCUUUCUUCCAUUGCCCCAUUCAGUGCCUUUGCAGACGCUUGCAACGUCCUUGCGAUGGCUAUUGUUAUCAAAGAGGAGAUUCAAAUGUUCAACCGAUUUUCUUGGGAAAGGAGUGCAUUCAAUGGGACUUGGGGGUUACCUUUUGCAGGGGGAGUGGCUGUCUUCUGCUUUGAUGGCUUCAGUAUGACGUUGCCGCUGGAAGCAUCAAUGGCUGAUAGGAGAAAGUUCCGCUGGGUGCUUCUUGUGGCAUUUAUGGCUAUAACAACAGUGUAUAUUAGCUUUGGGAUUUUUGGAUAUUUAGCCUAUGGUGACGAGACCAAGGAUAUCAUUACACUUAACCUCCCCAACGACUGGUCUGCUAUCGCCGUCAAGGUUGGACUCUGUAUAGCUCUAGCAUUCACAUUUCCAAUCAUCCUGCAUCCAAUUUACGAGAUUAUAGAGAUGAAGCUGGCUUCAAGCGGAUGGUCGCAGAAGUUGUGUUGCAAUGCCCACGGUGAGCGCCUUGGCCUCCACGGAGCUCGUAUGCUUGUGCUACUGAUAAUCACCACCGUAGCUUCCUGCAUACCCGGUUUUGGUGCUUUCAUUUCUCUUGUGGGUAGUACAGUUAGCGCCAUGCUUGCUUUCGUCUUGCCGGCCACAUUCCAUCUUUUGCUCUUGGGAUCCAAGCUGAAGCUCUGGCAGAGGGCAGUAGAUUAUCUUAUACUUAUCGUUGGGAUUGCUUUUGCUGGUUAUGGCACAUAUGAUGCUCUCAGUCAUCAUCUCAUGGGUUCUUAGUAUCAGUUCACGAAUUGGACAAAUUAUUCUCGGGGGAGUCCGGACUUCG